AUGAUCAUCAUCAGGCUACUCGUAUGGCUUUUACAAGCGUGCAAAAUAGUCCAAUCUGCAGGGGUGGCGGCUCAUUUGACGCUUUUGGCGCGAACAAGUGUACCCAGUGGUUUACAACCUUAUCUAUCGCAAUUGAAAGCCGGAACUUUCUUUCCUGACGCUUUUUACAGUUGCAAUACGAAUAAAAAAUGGCAGCAGUUUUCGGAGUGGGCACAUUGGCCACCUUUUUUGAUCUUGGGAUCCAAAUUGUGGCAAGAACGCUAUAAAAACGAUCAAGAUUGCGAUAAUUCUAAAAGAUUGAAAGCAUUUUUAAUGGGCGUAUUUGUUCAUCAAGUGACUGAUGUGUCUUGGCAUUCGUUGGUGUCGGGUUAUAAAAGUCAUGGAUUAAUCAAGGUUCUAGCAGGUCUCGAAUUUGAUGGUGACUACCAGGCGGCACACAACUUUAUUGACUCGAUGGGAGAUUUUUUGAUUUUAGGCCAGAUUUUAACGGAUUACUCCACUGAACAAUGGGCAUACUACACUGAUCAAGAUUGGGAAUUUCCAGUAGAAGACGAUCUUUUGGAGCUUAUUCGUAGAUCUGGGGUAAAUGACAUGCAUUUAUGGGAAAUCAACACCUGUGUGAGAAGAGGAGCGGCAGCUCUGGCCAGUGAAGUCAUUACUAUGGCACAACGCAAAAACCAGGUCCUCGAGCUAGCCUACGGAAUAUCUCCAAGAGCACGAGAGCUCAUGCAGGACCAUUGGCUGGGUGGAGAAAUGAAUUUAGCAGCUAUGAUUAACAAAUGCCUUCCCACAUUCCUGUCUCUUUUCGAGAAUGAAGAACUAAGCAUUGACGACAUGGCCACUCUGAUGGAGCUCUGCGGCUCAUUACCGUCCGCAAAGAAGUUGGCACCCGUUGAAAAAAUGUCGCUACAGACUCAACAUCAGAGUGACGGUUCACUAUUUGUCUCACCCUUAAUGCCCCUGUCGUUGUUCGGAUCUGAUAUCGCUGUGGGAAGGUUUCAAAAAAAUGCUACCUCGCUGGCAAUUAGUGCGCCACUAGAAGAGACCGAGGGAUCUGUUUACGUGAUUCCCUGGAAUGAACUGACGGGUUUGAAUCUCAAUGUUGCUGAAAAGCCGCUCACUUCAACCUAUGGUGCACGGGUACAUGCAUAUACCCAUGGUUCGGUGGAUUACCUCGUGGUAUCCGCUCCCGGUGAAAAUAGCAUUUAUUUUUACGAAGAUGGGCUCAAAAAGAUUACCUUGAGCGAUACCAGAAGUUGGGAGAGGCAUCAACUUUCAGUAUCCUUGAUUGGGGACAUUGAUGAUGACGGAAUUCCUGAUUUGAUCCUCACAGGCCCUCGUUAUGGUUUGAACGAAACAGGCGUUGUGAUGAUUGUUGAUGGACGCGAAACAGUCGAUUACCUUCGGGACUCCAAAGAACAUGAAUUGGAGCUGCAUGAUAUGGGAACUUUGACCCUCAAAGCUCCUCUUUCGGAGGCCUUUCAAAAUUAUGGAUCACAGCUAGCCCUUUCAACUGCAUCGAGCGUGAACAGACUACUUUACGUUGCGGCACAAGGUCUGGGCGUGAUAUUUGCAUAUUCGCUGAGAACGCUACAUCAGAACGCUUUACCGAGUUAUUACAUCAUUGACGAAUCUGUUGUUCCUUUCGAAGUGGACGUGCCCCUCGACCUGCAUAUAAGAACAUCUUCCCAACACGGUAUGUUCGGGAAGGAAAUGAAGACUUGGAGGUUUGAAGGUAAAGGGUUUGUUGCAAUCUCUUGUCAUUUACAAAACAAACUUUUUAUCUAUGAGGAAAUAGCCGGUGCCUUGACUUUCCAUGCUGUAUUGGUCUUGGACACGUCAGCCGACCCCAAGACUGUGAAGGCAGCGGUGGGAUUCGGGACUUCUCUCGAAUACGAUGACAAGAAUGACAGACUUCUCGUCUCUUCUCCUGGAUUGUUCGAGGGCACAGGCGCAAUUUGGGGAAUUAGCAUGAUCGAGAUAUGGCAGUCAGUUAAAAGAUGGAAACUUACUACCAUCUUGGUGACGCCUGCUAAACAUUUGAUAAGCCUAAAUAAUGGCGUAUCUGGAAAAGGAAUUCCAGAUUAUGGGAAAAUCAUUAAAAUGGGACCAGACGGAAAGCUUCUGGUGGGAGCCCCGCGGUACGGGUAUGGAGAUUUCGGUGAUCAUCAACUCUCAGGUGGGAUAUAUAUCAUAUGA